UGUUCAAGCUCUCCGCCCACUAAACCUUUAAAAGGUUUGAAACUGGAAAGGCUCAUACACUGCAGCAGUAGAUGCACAAAUGCAAUAGACAGCAUGAGGACAAUAACCGUUACUGUGAUCAUUCUCUUCAUAAUGACAGUUGGGGCUCAAGAGAUUGGCUCAUCAGUGAGCAAGAUACGCCAAAAACGAGCAUGGGUCAUGGAUAUAUUUACUAUUAAACGAGGCUUCAAAGGAUUAGUCGGACGUUUGAGCUUUACUGAGAAUGCUGAAGACUGCGAUAUCUCUGGUUCUGGUUAUGAUCAGAAGCCAGAGAACAUUUUCACAAUCAGCAAGAAACUCAGGGAAAUAUAUGCAACUGGGAAAGUGAACUAUGAUGACAAAAAAUUUACGCUUGUAUUUGAAUGUGCUUCCCUGGUGAAUGUGUACAAAAGACUUGCAGUGGAUAUUCUCAUAGAGGAGACUUAUGAGCCAUAUUUCACUCAGGGUACCUAUUCUAUCAGUGCAGAAGAAUCAAUGCAGCAAGGUACACAUUUGUUAACACUGAAUGGACCCAACAGCACAGACAAUCCAAACUUAACUUUCAAUAUUAAAGUUAAAACAGACCCCAAGGAUGUUAUGUUUGUGAUAAAUGAAAAGCGGGAAAUUUCAUUUAGAGGAUGUCUGGACUAUGAGGAAAAUAAGAAAUACACACUAGUGGUUGAAGCGAAGGACCAAAAAAUAUUAACUUCACAUUCCAGUACAGCUACAGUGAUAAUCAAGGUUAUUGACAAAAAUGACCAUAAACCAGUAAUUACAGGAAAAAAGAUAAAAGGACAGAUAAAAGAAGGAGAGAUUGGAAUGGAGGUUUACAGAAUACAAGUGACGGAUGGAGACAGUCCAGGAUCUCCUGGGUGGAGGGCCAAAUUCACACUUGAUGGUGAAAAAGCAGAAAACUUUGGAAUUGAAAAAAACCCCAAAACUAAUGAGGGCAUCUUAUCUGUUGUAAAGCCCCUAGACUAUGAAGAGAUCCAGAAGCUGAACCUGACGGUUAAUGUGGAGAAUGAAGAGCCGUUCUUUUCCUGUUCAGUUCAGAAGAAAUACACUGGAAAACUGUGGGAUGUCAAUUAUUCAAGAAACGGCUCCAGCUCUGCAAGGAUUUCUUUCUCCAUCUCUGUGGAAGAUGUUAAUGACCCUCCAGUGUUCACAGACACCACUAAAUAUGUGAACAUCUUCGAAAACACACCACCUGGACACAGUCUGUGGACAUUCUCUGUAACGGAUCAGGACCAGAAUCCACCAAAUAAACACCAGUUCAUUAAAGGAAAUGAUAUAAAUGACUGGGUAACAAUAGACUCGAGAUCAGGCAAAGUCUCCACAGCCAAAGUUUUGGACAGAGAAUCACCAUUUGUUAAGAACAGCACUUACACGGUCAUCUUGCAUGCUGUGGAUGAUGGUAAACCUCCGAAGACAGGUACAGGAACGUUGAUCAUCCAACUGUUAGAUCAGAAUGACAAUGCUCCACUUUUGAAGGACAACGAGGUGGAAAUUUGUUUACCAAAAUCCAUGACCACCAUCACUGCCAUAGAUCCAGACCUCCCACCAUUCACCGCACCCUUCACAUAUGAGUUCAGAGAUGAUAAGGCAGAUUGGAGGAUUGAACCAUCCAAUGGAGAAACUGUAAAUCUGGUAAAAGGCAAGAACAUAUUCCAAGGCCGCUACGAGCUUUUUCUGAAUAUUACUGAUUCUGGAGGGCUUUUCUCAACACAAAAACUGUUAGUUACUGUGCAUAAGUGCACAGAUCGUUCCAGUUCAUCCAAAAUACUGGUCGGAGGCCUGAGCAUCUUGAUGAUCCUUAUAUGCCUUCUCUUGGCAUUAUGUGUCCUACUCAUGGUGUUCAAGUGUUCAUGCUCUUCAAAUACAGCAGAAAAAAUACAAUUUCCUGAGUAUGACAGUUCAAAAUAUUUUGUGCAUUGUUAUAAUGAGGAAGGACCGGGAAAUGAUGUUGAGAUGGCAGUACAAAAAGAGUGGAGACACCACCAAUGUAAAUUGAAGGGUCAUAAAAAGAUAAAAAAAGAGUGGAGUCACCAUCAACAUACACUGAAUCAUAAUGCACAGAUACAAAAAGAGUGGAGUCACCAACAUACACUGAAUCAUAAUGCACAGAUACAAAAAGAGUGGAGUCACCAACAUACACUGAAUCAUAAUGCACAGAUAAAAAAAGAGUGGAGUCACCACCAACAUACACUGAAUCAUAAUGCACAGAUACAAAAAGAGUGGAGUCACCAUCAACAUACACUGAAUCAUAAUGCACAGAAAUGCACAAUUCAUGACGACUCACUGUCUCAGCUAUGUACAAUGGCGAAAACGGAGAUUGAGAAGAGACUGUCCAGAUUUCAUGACCAGGAGGAGCUGUGUGAUUAUCAGCCACACCCAUAUAAUAAUGAGGGUGAGCCUGGGAAACGGGCUCAGCUGGACAGAAUUUCUAUAGCAGAUAGUCACUUCAGUGUAGGAGAUCUCCAAAAUCUGGACUCCAAGUUCCAACGACUGGCAGAAAUGUGCAGGCCAGACCUCAUCCAACAGAGCUAUGUGAGCCAAGCGUCAUUAUCUUCUCAGCGUUAUCAUCAUCAUCAUCAUCUUUCAACCACUGACGGAGAAAAUUGCAUCAUUUUGCAGGCAGCAAAACUGCCGUGAUGAUAGUAGUACAGUAGCCUGUCCAGCUCUUUCACCUCCUCAUCUGUACAAUCUGCUCAAAAUAGCUUCCAAAGCUUCUUGUUUCCUGCUAAUACCACCAUCAACACCAUCACACUCAUCAUAUCAUAGGUUGUAAAGUAGCUGAGCUGAGUCUCUGCUAUAACUCAGUGACUGCAUUGCAUUCUGGGACUUUGAGUCCAGAGUUUGCGUCAAUGUAUCCACUACUUCUAUACUGGAGUUUAUCAAAAUAAUGCUGAUUAUUACUUCAAAGCUGUUGCUUUUUUGUUUUUAGGAGCUAGCAGAAAAAGCUCUGCCUGUUACCCUUUAUGUUUGAGUUUGUUAAAUUUUCUGCUAUUUAACACCAUUGUAACGACACCAACGAUGACAAUGUCGUGAUGUGACAUCAGCAUAGCGUGUGCACACCCACAGAAGUAAUGAAAAUACAGCUCCAAGCAUCAAAUGAGCAUGAGAAUCAAGAAACAAAUCUUUUCAUACAUAGUUUACAUUUUAUAUGUUUCAGGGUUGAUCUUUCCUUUAAUUUUAUCAUAUUUAAUGUGGAGGUGCAUAUUUAUGGCAAAUCUGAUUGCAGGGCUAAGGUGCAGCAAUGCACAGUAUCUUGCAAAAGUAUUCAUCCCCCUUGGUGUUUGUCCUGUUUUGUCGCAUUACAAGCUGGAAUUAAAAUGGAUUUCUGGGGUUUUAGCACCAUUUGAUUUACACAACAUGCCUACCACUUUAAAGGUACACAUUUUUUUAAUUAUUAUUAUUGUGACACAAACAAUAAUUAAGAUGGAAAAAAAACCAGAAAUCUGGAGUGUGCAUAGGUAUUCACUCCCCAAAGUCAAUACUUUGUAGAGCCACCUUUUGCUGCAGUUUAAGCUGCAAGUUUCUUGGGGUAUGUCUCUAUUAGCUUAGCACAUGUAGCCAUUGGGAUUUUUGCCCAUUCCUCAAGGCAAAACUGCUUCAUUUCCUUCAAGUUAGAUGGGUUGCAUUGAUGUACAGAAAUCUUCAAGUUAUGCCACAGAUUCUCAAUUGGAUUGAAAUUUGGGCUUUGACAAGGCCAUUCCAAGACAUUUAAAUGUUUCCCUUUAAACCACUCCAGUGUAGCUUUAGCAGUAUGUUUAGGGUCAUUGUCCUGCUGGAACAUGAACCUUUGUCCCAGUUUCAAACCUCUGGCUGACUCAAACAGGUUUUCCUCCAGAAUUGCCCUGUACUUAGUGCCAUCCAGCUUUCCUUCAGUCCUGACCAGCUUUCCUGUCCCUGCAGAUGAAAACCAUCCCCACAGCAUGAUGCUGCCACCACUAUGCUUCACUGUAGGAAUGGUGUUUUCAGAGUGUUGGGUUUGCACCACACAUGGCAUUUCCCAUGAUGGCCAAAAAGUUCAAUUUUCAUCUCAUCUGACCAGAGAAUCUUCUUCCAUGUGUUUGGGGAGUCUGCCACAGGCUGUUGGGAAAACUUUAAAUGUGUGGUGGUGCUUUUUUUUAAGCCAGGGGUAGGGAACCUUUUUCCAAUCAAGGGCCGUUUUAAGUUUUAUAACAUCCUAUGGGGGCCAAACUAAAUGUUUUAACCCAUAACCUCUGCUGAAAAUUUUAAGAUGCAGCCCAUUUUAUUUUAGCUUUCUUUCAUGCUAUUUAAAUAAAAAAGCAACUUUAUUGGUGUAA